AGCGGAGCACCACAGGUCUGUUAGGGACCGGGGAGGAACACUUACAGGCUCAAAGGGCUUUAUUCAAAGAUUUAAAAGAAGCAGGUAUCAUAUCUACAAUAUAACGUCUCUAUAGUUGUUAGUUUUGGUUAAAGUCAUGAUGUUACACACUCCGAUACAGUAGGUGGCGGCCCCUUUAAGGUUAGGUUUGUAGCCCGCCAGUAAAAUCGAAGAAGAAGAAGAAGAAGAAGAAGAAGAAGAAGAAGAAGAAGAAGAAGACGACUUCCUGUUGCAACCCCAUCUUGUGACCGCUGGGAGGCAGCAGCCGUGUGGGUGAAUCCUGAAACAGUAACGUUAGAAGAAGAAGUGUUUUGACUGGCGAAACACUACCUGGUUUGGUCGUGGCGCCAGCCGUAAGGUAAACUGCGGCGAAUUAUCCUAAAAGUUCUGGAUUUAGCCAAGCUGCUGAGUCUUGGUGUUAAGAUGUGUGAUCAAAAAAAUGGCGGUGACUGCGGCGAUGAUGCGGACGAGCUGUCAGCCAGUGAUGAAUCGGAGCCUGAAGAACGACUCAGCAGCGCUCCCUUUGACCCAGAGCUGGACGACGAUGAUGAUGAUGACGAUGACGAUGACGACGACGACGACGGCGGCGGCGGGCUGGUUGGGAUCUCUGCUCCACCUGCUGGACACAGAGCUCAGAGUUUAUUCAGUGUGAGAGGAGGGAGCUCAGCUUUCUCAAACCGCAGCCACAGCAUCUUCGACUGCCUGGACAGUGUUGCUCAGCUGGCCUCCUCCUCUCUGAAGCAGGAUAACGUUACAGACGCAGUGUUUGCUCGGCCCCUGCCUCCACGUCCCGGCAGAAAGACGAGCCAGCCUCCGUCUAGCUGCCCCACACCAGCAAAGAGGAGAGGAGUCCCGGACUACCUGGUGCACCCCGAGCGCUGGACCCACUACAGCCUGGAGGAUGUGACGGAGAGCAGCGAUCAGGGCAACAGCAGGGCAGCUCACCACUUCCUGUCCAGUCUGCAGCAGAGGAAAGAGCAGCAGGACAGCCCGAGUGAUUCCUCCUGUGACAUCCAGCAGAAGAUGAUCUUCUCCAGACCCAGCGGGCAGCUGAAGGAGCUACCUGCAAAUCUGAGAGGCAAAGAGAUGGAGACACACCUCAGUCAUCUGGAGGAGGAGGAGGAGGAGGAGGAGGAGGGCAGGGAGAAAGAGAAGGCUGGAGGAAGGAGAACAGACCAGAGUGUAGAAAAGGCUGAGGAAAGAGUGAGAGAUGAGGAAAAAGACAUGAGUGGUGAGGAGGAGGAGGAGAAGAUAGAAGAGGCCAACCCCAGCUUUAGCUCCUUUAGGAAGACCAAGCGUAAGAACUACAGGAAGAGCUCAGGGCAAGAGGACAACUGAGCCCCGACACAACUCCCUGUCACCUGAUCUCUGUCUCCAAGUAAUACAAACAGCAGAGCUGAUCAUCACAGCAGGAGACUGAAAAGCCCUCUGUGGUUAAAAGUUCCCAGCCUGUUUCACCUCUGCUUUACAGUCUAAAGUGUAACUAAUGGAUUCAACUGUCUGUCUGUUCUGAUGUUAGCAUGCUACGUAGUGAAGUAAGCUAGUUUUACAUCCAAGCCGAGGAGUAUUUCAUUAGCUGACUACAUUUUGUGGAGUUACAGGUCACGUUAAAAAAUACCCUUUUACAUGGUUGUCCUUUUAAAACGAGUCCACUGGAAACAUUAAAAAAGUGAGCCUACUCAUGGAGCUAAUGUUAGCUUAAUUAGCAAGCUACAGUGACUCGACAUCGUUAGCUAGAAAUGAGAUACUGCUACUGUCUGAAAUCAUCAUCACUAUUCAUUUCGAUAGUUAAUCUCUCGCCGUUAUCAUUGCGAAUUUUGAAUGUGCUGAAAAUGAAAGAUUGACAGGUUAGCAACAGUAACUAAGGAGGGCGGGGCUUGGUGAAAGGUCAGUUGAACCCAAAACAUCAUGUAUAUUCAAGACCGAGGAAGAACGUUGGGGGAAAUGAGCUUUGGUGUUAUUAAUUAAGAUUUUUCAAAUGUGAAAACUCCUUCAUUUUUAUUUUGAACAAUAGAAUCAACAUGAGGGCAGAGUGUUCGAUCCUGUUUCCACUCAGCUGGUCAAACUGCUGAGGGAAUUUAAAACUGGUGCUCUUUGUCCUUAUUUGAUUUUCAUUUCUUGUUGCAUGUUCUGUAUUUUAGAGUAGUCUCAAUCUUUAAUAAAAAUAUUGAUUUGUA